AUGAAGCUGCAAAGUCUUGCUGUGUCACUUGUGGCUGGUCUCGCGCUCGUAGAGGCCCAGAAUGAGAGACCAUAUCCACCUACAGAUGCAUACUUGCAGACCACCAGCUUCCUGGAUCAUGAAUCCUACCUCGACGGCCUAGAUGAUCAUCAAUGGUAUCUAGACAACAUCCCGUUCAUCGAUGUGCCUGAGCCAUCGAUCCAAGAUGUCUAUUACUAUCGCGCCAGCGUCAUCAAGCGGCAUAUAAAAUGGGCACACGAGGGCCAUGGUUGGGUCGUGACCGAGUUCAUCCACCCAGUGUCGUGGGCCUCCAAGUUCCAGACCAUCCCAGACUCGGCGCCGCAUCAUGUCGUCGAGCUUCGUUGGCUGCGGGACACCAACUACAUCAAGAACCUCAUCGAGGAGUAUACCCGCGGUGGUGUAGAGAAACUCUCGGGCAUCAGCUAUACGCACUACAUGCAGAGGGCAAUUCUAGAACACGCACAGGCAACCGGCCAUGUCUCCUUCCUAGUGGGUCAGCUAGACGGAAUGAUAGAGAGCUACAAUCUGUGGAACAGCACCAGGGACAACACCACUGGGCUUUACCACCGCACGCCUCUCUCGGACGCUCAGGAGUACAGUCUGCCUGGGUUCCUCGUGGGUGGUCCUGGGGGAGGCCCCAUGCAGGUGUGGAAUGACUUUGGGCUGUCGUCCAGCAUGGGCGGUGGGAAUGAUUAUGAUUUGAUCUGGCUUGGUCCAGAGACGUAUAGGCCCAGCUUUAAUGCCUACAUGGUGGCGAAUGCCUGGGCGAUUGGACAAGUUGCUGAACUGGCUGGCCACUCAGCUCUGGCCCAGACCUGGACGGACUACGGCAACGAUCUUUACAGCAAGAUGGAAAAUCUCAUGUACAGCGCUGAGCUCAACUUCUGGAUCGACGUCGUUGAGGGCACCAACCUGCGUUGCGAAGGCCGUGAGCUCAUUGGGUAUUUCCCUUAUCGCUUCGGCAUUGGCACCAACCAGACGUACAUCGACGGUCUCGCCGCCGGGCUCGACACAGAGCAUUUCUUAACAGACUUUGGGCCGACGACUCUGGAGCAGACAAGCCCGUACUACACAGCCCUCAAAAAUACAACGUACUGCUGUCUCUGGCAGGGGCAGAGCUGGCCGUUCUCGACCUCAGUCUACCUGGGGACCCUCGCACGGAUCGCCAGGGACGGCCUGAGCAGCACCAUCACGCCAGCGCUCUUCUACCAGGAGCUGAGCAAAUACACGCGGACCAACUACAAAGACGGCAAGCCAUACACUGCCGAAUCGCACUACCCCACGAUCGACAUGUGGUCGGGCGACACGACGAACCAUAGCGAGAACUAUCUGCACUCGACGUACAUCGACAACAUCUUCACCAACCUAAUUGGUCUCGUGCCAGAUCUAGGAGAUAAUUUGAUACUGCAACCUUUGAUCCCAAGUAACUGGUCAUAUUUCGCGGUCGAGUCCCUGCCUUACCACGGCACACUUCUGUCCCUCAUCUGGGACCAGUACGGUAGCCAUUACGCGAAUGUCUCGGCUGGUCUCAGCAUCUACUCGAACGGCACUCUGUUCUACCACCAGUCCAACUUGAGCGCCAUUGUCAACGCAACACUACCCUUUAACACGACCGAAGCAGCCCAAACCUUGGCCGGCCAGCCCGAAUGGCAAAACAUCCUGGCAAAUCCGAAUUCACCCUACGGCCUGCCCAAUGUAACCGCCGACUGGAACCUCAUCCCCAACGGCGACACAGGCCCCUACCCGCCCUGGAAGAUGAACGACGGCCUUCUCUGGUACGACACAACCCCCGACAACCGCUGGACGAACAACCAGAGCGAGUUUCCCUACAGCACAAUCACCAUCACCCUCCCGCGCGCUCGCAACAUGACAAGCAUCAGCCUGGCCAUCUUCGCCGACGUCGAGAGGGGUGGUGUGGCCGACUGUCCGGCCGGCAUCCGAGUGACGGACGGCAGGACCGGCAAUGUCGUUGCGUUCGAGAACCCUUGGACCGACUGCGUUCCCAAUGCACUGAACACGGUCUUCUUCUCUGAUUUGGGCAGCAACACCAGCAGCAGCGACAAUGUCAGCACGGUCUCGAACUCGAGCAGCAGCAGCAGCAGCAGCAGCACGGGCUUCUUCGUCGAGACGGACCUGCUGGAGGUCACGCUGAGCGAUAAGCUGCGGUACACGACGGCAGUCAGUGAGAUCCAGAUCUGGGUCGAGCCGACCACAGGACCACGCUAUGAGGCCGAGGACGGGGUGAUUGGCACCUUCAUAGGGGCCUUUGAGGGCACGCCCAAGGGGCUCAAUGGCACAAUCGAGAACGGCGGAGUGAGUCUUGGGACGGGCGGCUGGGUCGAGCUGGCGAAUGUGCGGACGCCAGACGACGAGGACUCGGGGCAGACAUCGUUGACCGUUGUAGGCGGUGGCAGUGGCUCUGUGCAGGUGCAGCUCAACUGGCUGUCGAACCAGACGGUGACGUUCUCUGGGGACGGGAAGCAGACGUUGAUGGUGGAUAUGUUGAAAGGGGGCAAUGUGGUGACUAUCUUUCAGGUGGAUGGGACGCCUUGGAUUGAUGCCAUUGUCGUCGAAUGA